UGAAUUGAACUGUACGUCUGCACAAGUAAAAUAACGUUAUUUAUUUAUAAAUAGUAAGAAACAAAAGUCAAAUGACUGGCUUUCAAAUAGUCGACGAAUUUUUUGUUUUUUAAUAACUCCAUGAAUAACCCGUUGAAUGGACUAUCAUAAAGUUUGUUCUUUCUUGAAGAGCAUUGUUAAUUGAUGAACACUGGUGCUAAAUUGAGAGACAAGUAUAUUUUAUUUCAUUUUAACUUAUUGCUUCAAUGUGCGUCAGUUCAGGAAGUUCUUUGUAAAAAAUUUUCGUAAAGCAUUACCACAUUAUUACAAGUUGGCACUGCCUCUUUACGCCGAAAAGAUAGGAUAAUUUUUUAAACGUAAUAAUUUUUGAAUUUUAUAUACUACAAAAUGUCUUAUAUGCUGUCACAUUUGGAAAACGGCUUUCAAGUCGAUCAAGCUAUUUUAUCAGAAGAAGACAGAGUAGUGGUUAUUCGCUUUGGUCAUGACUGGGAUCCAAUGUGCAUGAAAAUGGAUGAAGUUCUUUAUAAUAUUGCAGAAAAGGUUAAGAAUUUUGCUGUUAUUUAUUUGGUUGAUAUCACAAAAGUACCUGAUUUUAACAAAAUGAACAAGCACAUAAUGAUUGAUUUAGGCACAGGAAAUAACAAUAAAAUAAAUUGGACUUUGGAGGACAAGCAGGAAAUGAUUGAUAUUAUUGAAACAGUUUACAGAGGCGCAAGGAAAGGUCGAGGUUUAGUUGUAUCACCAAAAGAUUAUUCAACUAAGUAUCGAUAUUAAUUCAUUUACAAA